AUGGACGACGCUGGACUGCUCGGUGACGCCGGCGGGCUGCUGCUCGACGAUUUCUUUGCGGACGAGGUGCCGGAUUUUGCGGAACCGGACGCGAUUCCCUCGACGUCUCUGCCCGUUCGCCCCGCUGAGAUAAUGUUCUACAUGAGUCGACUGCAUGCGAAUCGUGUCUACGAGUGGUGUAUGGUACACAAUUAUGCACAUAUGCCAGGGUACGUGACGUGGAUGUGCACGCAGUGUUCCGUGAUGAAGCAGAGGGAACGGAAAUUCGGGCGCUACCGUCAGGUGAAGAUCCCGCGUAUUCUGGUGGUGCGGGAUAUUCUGAUGGAAGACCCCGACCGCCCUCCCCAUCCCCAUAUAUGCCACGGAAAGGACAUUGUCGACUCGAUCGCCUCGAGGGCACAAGUCAAGGGCCUCGAGUACCUGACGGCGGCGCAGAAGCAAGAAGUACGGCGCCGGCUGAUGGUCAACUGCGAGCAGGUCGACGUCGCCGGCCCGCUGCUGCCCGUGCGCCAGAAGAGGGUUUACCAAAUCGUGGCGACGUCAUCGCCGAGUAAAGUUGUUCUACUGCCGGCUGGCGACGCGGCAAACGGAUUACGGCAAUUAAAAAGAAAAUACGCCGAAUUACUGCCGUACGGCGAGGGGCGGCCAGAAGAAGAAGAUGAAGAUGAACAAUACUUUCAGCAAGAAACCGGCUACUUGGAGAAUUACGAGCCACAAGAAGCCGAGACGGUCGGCUACGAUUUCGCGCCCUUUGAACAGCUCGACGACUUCCGGCAGCAGCCCGAAGCUACGCAAUUCCUCUUUACGGACGAGGCGCUCGUGUGCAGCGACGAGGAUCUGUACGUGCAGCACGAAGAGGUGGUCAUCGGCGACGAGCCAUCAAAA